UUUCAAAAUGGGAAUUCGUUACAUUUUAAAUCAGGGAAUUUAGUAUUACAUUCAGUAAAGAUUUGGAGAAAAAGAAAAUGAGUUAUGUAUGUAAUUUGCUCCAGGACGGGGCUGUUUCCACGGGCCUGGGUGAAGAAGUCCUUCUAUUUCCAGGCCCGCGUCUCCUUUGUCAGGGUGAAGUACCUGUUCCUCACCUGGCUGACGGUGCUGGUGGGGAGCUGGGUGCUCUACGUGCAAUACUCGGCCUACACGGAGCUAUGCAGAGGACACCAGUGCAGAACCGCCAUUUGUGACAAGUACAAGAAGGGCAUCAUCGACGGGCCGGCCUGCAGCAGCCUGUGUGACAAGGAGACCUUCUACCUGAGCAGGUGUCUCUCCAGCCUCCCCAGCGAGCAGGUGUACGCUGGAAGCUGGGGAGACCGCCAAGGAAUCAUUCGCUGUCAUGUGGGCCAAGUGGGGCACGACGAGAUGGGCGAGGAACCGGAGCCCCGCAGGGAGGCCCCCGUGUUCGAUACCCCCACCAGAGGCACGUCGGUGGAGAAGUUCAGAGAAAUGGUCUUUAAUCACCUCAAGUCCAAACUAGGAGAGCAGAACAACCUGGUGGGUCUGGUCAGUGUGAUCCUGUCUGUUGCCGACGGCAACAGAGAUGGAAAAGUGUCGCUGCCAGAAGCUCGCUCCAUGUGGGCCCUCCUGCACAUGGAUCAGGUGCUUCUUGGCCUUCUGCUUCAGGAACGUGGACACACUCCUCGUCUUCUGGGCUACUGCGGCGACCUCUACAUGACGGAACGCAUCCCACACAGCCCCCUGUACGGUUUCUCUUGGCCGCUGGCGUCCUGGAUGCCCGCUGGCCUGCGGCUUACCAUGGACCAGUGGUUCACCCCCACGUGGCCUCGCAAAGCCAAGAUCUCCAUGGGCCUGCUGGAGCUGGUGGAGGACAUCUUCCACGGCACAUACGGCAGCUUCCUCAUCUGCGACCUGGCGGCGGCGCGCUUUGGCUACACCGACGGCCACGAGCUGCGUCUCACCGACCCCCGGACCGUCGUGCCCGAGAGCCAGUUCCAGCGCAGCAUGCGGGCGCUCAGGUGCGACUCGGAUGCCGACUGCGUGUACGGUACGGACUGCCGGACCACGUGUGACACGGCGAGCAAACGUUGCAGGGAGGAGCCGGUGCGGCCCAAUUUGGCCAAAGCCUGCGGCGUGCUGAAGGACUACCUCCUGAAGGGGGCGCCGUCCGCGCUGAGGGAGGAGCUGGAGAGGCAACUGCACGCCUGCAUGGCCCUCAAGGGGAGCGCCGGACAAAUGAACAUGGAGCACUCGCUGCUUCUCAACAACCUGAAGGCUCUGCUGUGGAGACAAAUAUCCCACACUAAGGACUCGUGAGCAGGACGAUGAGGAGGAACGUUCAAGUUCUGCCUCGGUGAGACAAGUAUUGGGACAUGGCUCUCAGUUCACGGACGGUCCUGUUAUCAUAAUUCAUACGCUAACUAAAAGGCUACCUUUUGUCUGACUGAGAAUACACAACUUAGAUCAGGGCUCUCAAACUAGAUCUGCUAAGGUCUAGUCGCUGUAGACUUUCAUGGAACUAUUUUACAUUUAGGCACUAUUUAGUUCCUGAUGAGAUAGUCCGACACUUCUGCUCGCUUACAUGGACGUUGUCCAAAGUCCUUUCUCUAUCUGCAUCGUUUUUGGAGUUUGUGUUCUUUCCUGCUGGAUUCAAGAUUGCCAGAGGCUAUUUAACUUUUGUCCACCAAGGGUGCAUCGGCUGCAGUUACACUGAACUGUCAAGUUAGGUGGAGGGCUUUAAAACAAUAUGGGCCAGCACACCGCAAGUAAAUGUGAGCCACAAGUACAUACAGGCCUUCAAGCCGCAAGUAAAUAUGGGCCACGAGUAGAUAAGGGCCUACGAACGGUGGACAAAUAUAGGACUGCAAACUGGACAAAUAUGGGCCUGCGGACAAGAGGUAAACAUGGGUCAGAAGUAGAUAUGGGCCUGUGAACCGUGGAUAAUUAUGGGAUUUUUGGGUCACAAGUACAUAUUGGCCUGCGAGCCACAGAUAAAUAUGGGCCAAAAAUAGCUAUGGACCACAAGUAAACAAGGGCAUGCGAUCCUCAGGUAAAUUUGGGCCUGCACAUAGAUAUGGGCCUGCGGUCUGCAAGUAAAUAUGGGCCAGCGUUCCAUGGAAAAAUAUGGGCCUGAGAGCGAGAAGUAAACAUGGGUUGAAAGUAGACAUGGGCCUGUGUACCAUGGAUAUUUAUGGGAUUUUGGGGUCACAAAUAGAUAUGGGCCUGCGAGCCAAAAUUAGAUAUGGUCCACAAGUAGAUAAGGGCCUGCGAGCCUCAGGUAAAUUUGGGCCUUCAAGCUGCAAGUAAAUAUGGACCACACGUAGAGAAGGGCCUGCAGUUUGAAAGUAAAUAUGGGCCAGCGGGCGAGAAGCAAACAUGGGUAGAUAUGGGCUUCUGAACCGUGGAUAAUUAUGGGGUUUUUGGGUCACAAGUAGAUAUGGCCUGCAAGCCAAGGAUGAAUAUGGGCCAAAAAUAGCUAUGGACCACAAGUAAAUAAGGGCAUGCGAUCCUCAGGUAAAUUUGGGCUUGCACGUAGAUAUGGGCCUGCGGUCUGCAAGUAAAUAUGGGCCUACGAGCGAGAAGUAAAAACUGGUUGAAAGUAGAUAUGGGCCUGUGAACUGUGGAUAUUUAUGGGUCCCAAAUAGAUAUGGGCCUGCGAGCCAAAAUUAGAUAUGGUCCACAAGUAGAUAAGGGCAUGCGAGCCUCAGGUAAAUUUGGGCCUGCUAGCUGCAAGUAAAUAUGGACCACACGUAGAUAAGGGCCUGCGGUUUGAAAGUAAAUAUGGGCCAGCGUGCGAGAAGCAAACAUGGGUCACAAGUAGAUAUGGGCUUCUGAACCGUGGAUAAUUAUGGGGUUUUUGGGUCACAAGUACCGGUACAUAUGGGCCGGCAAGCCACGGAUAAAAAUGGGCCAAAAAUAGCUAUGGACCACAAGUAAAUAAGGGCAUGCGAUCCUCAGGUAAAUUUGGGCUUGCACGUAGAUAUGGGCCUGCGAGCGAGAAUUAAACAUGGGUUGAAAGUAGAUAUGGGCCUGUGAACUGUGGAUAUUUAUGGGAUUUUUGGGUCACAAAUAGAUAUGGGCCUGCGAGCCAAAAUUAGAUAUGGUCCACAAGUAGAUAAGGGCAUGCGAGCCUCAGGUAAAUUUGGGCCUGCUAGCUGCAUGUAAAUAUGGACCACACGUAGAUAAAGGCCUGCGGUUUGAAAGUAAAUAUGGGCCAGCGGGCGAGAAGCAAACAUGGGUCACAAGUAGAUAUGGGUUUCUGAACCGUGGAUAAUUAUGUUUUUUUUGGGUCACAAGUAGAUAUGGGCCUGUGGUCUACAAGUAAAUAUGGGCCAGUGUUCCAUGGACAAAUAUGGGCCUGCAGGACGAGAAGUAAACAUGGGUCACAAGUAGAUACGGGCCUGUGAACCAUGGAUAAAAAUGGGAUUUUUGGGUCACAAGUAGAUAUGAGCCUGUGGUCUUCAAGUAAAUAUAGGCCUGCAGGCGAGAAGUAAACAUGGGUCACAAGUAAAUAUGGGUCUGCGAGCCACGGAUAAAUAUGGGCCAAAAUUAGAUAUGGACCACUAGUAGAUAAGGGCAUGCGAGCCUCAGGUAAAUUUGGGCCGGCAAGCUUUAAGUAAAUAUGGACCACGCAUAGAUAAGGGCCUGUGGUUUGAAAGUAAAUAUGGGCCAGCGGGCGAGAAGCAAACAUGGGUCACAAGUUGAUAUGGGCUUGUUUACCGUGGAUAAUUAUGGGGUUUUUGGGUCACAAGUAGAUAUGGGCCUGUGGUCUACAAGUAAAUAUGGGCCGGCGUUCCAUGGACAAAUAUGGGCCUGCAGGACGAGAAGUAAACAUGGGUCACAAGUAGAUAUGGGCCUGUGAACCGUGGAUAAAAAUGGGAUUUUUGGGUCACAAGUGGAUAUAUGAUAAAUGUUUUAUAUUGUACAAGAUCUUGAACGCUGGAUGAAUGACGACUCGCUGAUAUGAAGUCACUUUUUAACCUUGGAAAACGUGCAAUGAGCAGUUGUGUGCUCACCACUGCUGUGUAAAACUACAAACACCGAUUUUGCACUAUUUUGCUGUCACAACACAUGCCUUUCUUUUGUUUUUCAGUAGUUGAGUGGAAGGCCACAACAUGUUUGAAGGGACCAACGUGAAUGAACCAAGUAUAAAAUACAAAAGUGGAGUUUGUAACACAUUUAUUAGCCACGCGCUAACCGUCCCCAGCCUCGUGCUCUUGCGCUCGUAAGAAGCUGGCUUUUUUCUGGGCGACGCGGUUCUUCCUUUGCGCCAGAGACAACUUGGCGCGAUUCCAUCUGUGCGGAAAGAGGAUCCAUUAGUAUUCAAAAGGGAUGAGAAGCUUGCCAGUAAUUUCUUUGACUAAGUGUUUGACAUGGGAGGCAUGCACUGGUGGACUUAACAGGAAAUAAAUCAAACCCCACCUUUUCUUCUGGA